CGUCGGGCAACUGCCUUGAAGGUUCCCACCCUCUUCGCCAGCGUUUCACCGUCGAACACCCGUGUCGUGCGACAAAAAAAGUGAAUUUUUGUCCUCAAACAGACAAAAAAGCCAACAAUAAAACCUUUAGACGAAAAUUUCCAACUUUCCCGCCUCGGCCUUGCGCACGCCGGUCUCACUGUGCCUAUUCCCGUUCGCGUCCCGGCCGCACCGAGCAGCACGGCCCCCUCUGUGCUUAGGCUAAGUAAGCAGUAAGUACUUGCCCUAUCGAACUUGAUAAGGACUUGAACAAGUAUUAAGUACCGUCGUAGUAAAAAGCAAGAAAACCCAGGCGGUAAGUGCUUUAGGGAGGAGCGAGCCAACUCACCGCCAUGUCUGAAAAGUGUUUAAAGGCGACUAAAUGUCCGACGGACGAGCUCGCACCUCUGAACUGUGCUGUUGGAAGCCAUGAUGAUUUCAAUGAAGACAUCAAAUACGUUAAUGUCAUACCUGUACCUGGUCAGCAGUACGUCUUCAAGCUCUGCCUCCACCGAGACAUCAAGAAAGGUUUCAUCGGGUUCAACACGAUCGGUCGUAAAUGGGCCGGGAUCUCGAUCAAUCAGGAUUUGAAAGUGAAACCGUUUUAUUUUUCGCCGACAUCAACGAGCCAGUGCCUCUGUUCGAUAGUCCUUGAAGCCGACUAUAUAAGGAAGAAGAAUAUAAACCAGUCGGAGACGUACAACACAGACGAGAUGACUCAGAAGUUUUUGAUGCAGUUCUCGGGUCAUCCAUUCACGUUGAACCAGGAGCUAGCAUUCUACUUCCAGGAGGACAGGGAGAUUCUUCUUCUGCGUGUCGUGAAGCUCGAAGCGGCCGACAUCAAUGCAAUCAAAGCCGGGCAGGACGCCAAGCCACAGCCGACUCAGAUGGGCCGGUGCCUCGGCGACACGAUCGUCAGCUUCGUCAAGAAAGACAAGUCGUUUUUGAACCUCAUCGGCUCCAAGACAGAGCGCGUAUCCAUCAUAAACCCCAAUUGGGACUUUGGCGAGAUGGGUAUCGGCGGGCUAGACAUGGAAUUCAACGCAAUAUUCCGGCGCGCUUUCGCCUCCAGGGUCUUCCCGCCUGAGGUUGUUGAGCAAUUAGGAUGUAAACACGUCAAGGGCAUUCUUCUCUACGGACCUCCUGGUACGGGAAAGACGCUUAUGGCUAGGCAGAUCGGUAAGAUGUUGAAUGCCAGGGAGCCAAAGAUAGUCAAUGGCCCACAGAUUCUGGACAAAUACGUUGGCGAGUCUGAAGCAAAUAUACGCCGACUUUUUGCUGAAGCCGAGGAAGAGGAGAAGCGCCUCGGCGUGAACAGUGGCCUGCAUAUUAUAAUACUUGAUGAGAUGGAUGCGAUAUGUAAGUCGCGAGGGUCCGUUGGAGGCAACACGGGUGUACAUGACACGGUCGUGAACCAGCUACUUUCGAAGAUAGACGGCGUCGACCAGCUUAACAACAUACUCAUAAUAGGCAUGACAAACCGUCGUGACAUGAUCGACGAGGCGUUGCUCCGUCCCGGCAGGCUGGAGGUGCAGAUGGAGAUUGGACUGCCGAACGAGCACGGCCGGGUGCAGAUACUCAAGAUCCAUACAGCCAAGAUGUUCGACUACGACAAGAUCGCGAGGGACGUCGACAUCAAAGAGCUCGCCUCCAUGACAAAGAACUUCAGCGGAGCGGAGCUUGAGGGUCUCGUGAGGGCGGCGCAGUCGACGGCGAUGAACCGGCUCAUUAAGGCUGCCUCUAAAGUCGAAGUAGACCCAGAGGCAAUGAAGAAACUUCGCAUCGAACGCAGUGAUUUCUUGCACGCGCUUGAAAAUGACAUCAAACCCGCAUUCGGCACUUCAGCGGAAGCUUUGGAUCACUGCCUGGCUAGGGGCAUCGUGAACUGGGGCAACCCGGUGUCAUCGAUUCUCGAGGACGGUCUUCUACUUUGCCAACAGGCCAGGUCAACAGAAACUUCUGGCCUCGUAUCGGUUCUCCUUGAAGGUCCGCCAAACGCAGGGAAGACUGCGCUGGCUGCGAUGCUCGCCAAGAACUCCGAUUUUCCGUUCAUCAAGGUCUGCACGCCUGAGGAGAUGGUCGGUUACACCGAGAGUGCCAAGUGCAGCAUGAUCCGUAAAGUGUUUGACGAUGCAUACAGGUCGCAAUUGAGCUGCAUACUCGUUGACAACAUCGAGCGUCUUCUUGACUACGGUUCGAUUGGGCCGAGGUACUCUAACUUGACUCUCCAGGCACUUCUCGUCCUGCUAAAGAAGGAGCCACCACGAGGCCGCAAGCUCCUCAUCCUGUGCACCACGAGCCGCCGGCAGGUCCUCCAGGACAUGGAGAUGCUCUCAGGCUUCACGGCCGUCCUCCACGUACCGAAUCUCAGUCGGCCUGAGCACCUCAUGGCUGUAAUCGAGGAGUCAAAGGUUUUUGACAAGAACCAGCUUACAAAGCUUGCAAAGAAAAUCCAUGGGCAGAGGGUGUUCAUCGGGAUCAAGAAGCUCCUUGCCCUCAUCGACAUGGCCCGUCAGACUGCCGAGGACAUGCGGGUCGUCAAGUUCCUCACGAAGCUCGAAGAGGAGGGCGGCCUGGGCGAGACCGGCAUCCGUUAAAAAAAAAAAAUUCCUUUUUGACACGGUUAGAAAAAAAAAUCAAAAAGACAAAAAAAUUGUAUGCAUUCCAGCUUUUUUAAUUUUUCUAUUACUUUUGUAAGUGACUGUGAUUUUUUGAUUCUGGUACUUUAUUAUUAUUCUUUGAACUUGUCAAAAAACAUAUCUAUUUAACAUUUCUAACCAGAAAAAAAGAAGAGGAAAAUGUUAUAUUUUAUCGUUGGUAAAUAUUGAUUUUAUGUUUUGUUUAUUUUUAUCCGUUUCGUUGUCUUUCUAAGACUGCAGACGGGUUGAGUCUAGUCAAAACAAAAACAAAAAAGUCUGGUCCGCUUAAGCCACGACGGGCUUCAUUUUUUCCCCAUCUGGCUCGCUACUCAUCCUACGGCCUCGUAUGCAUCUCUCAUUUAAUUUAUUUAAUUUAUUCGUUAUAUUAAAAAAUAUUACAUGCAUAUAUAGUUUUUAUAAUACAGUUUUUUUUGUUUUUUUAAUAUAUCGCAUCGCAUUUAGUCAAAAACAGCGCACUUAGAAGAAAAUAUGAAACGUGGCGUAGAAAUAAUAAAUUAAUUGACAAAAAAUGUCUUUUUUUCUAGUAACACAAUAAAAAUUAGUGUUUAACAGUUAUAAAAAUUUUU